UGUUAGUAACUCAUCGGAUAUAUUAAACAAAAAUAUGGAUGUUUCAAUACCAAUGGAGGAAGCAAACGAAAAGACUUUGUUGGAUUUAGGAAAAAAAUCUAAUUCACCGCUUUUAAAACUGAUUGGAUAUGCUCUGAGAAAUCUAAAAUGCGAAAUCAAUGGACCAUGCGAUAAUUGGUCUCCAUGGACGCACUGCACUGUUCCUAGGGGAACGUUCGGAAUUCGCACGCGAAUGCGAAGUUGUUAUGAAAUGAAGAACAAAAAUGAAUGUGGUGACUUUGGUGGGGAAAAAACUGUUGAAAACCAGAACGAAGUGUGUGAGGGGUUUUGUCCCAUAAAUUACAACUUUACAAGCACAAAUCUAUGUCUAAAAAGGAGUAAGGCAACAAUGAAGCACCAGGCAGCGGAACAGUUCUGUGAAGAAGACGGCGGGCAUAUCAUCAACAUUGACACCCAAGAGAGGUUCGAGGUUGCUAGCUCGGUGGCAAAUACAAGUGUUAUAUGGGUUCAAGGGAAACGUACCCAACAAGCCGGUCCCUGGCAAUACACGGUCGGAGGAAACCCGGAAACUCAACCAUUCUUUAAAUGGCAAACGAGUGAACCAACUAAUGGUUCUGAUGAUCUGUAUAUGAUAUUUUACAAGUCAGAGUUCUAUGAUAAUAGUGAAACAUCACGCAUUGUUAUUUGUGAAAUCAGGCAAUUAAUUAAAUAUAUCUAGACACAAUAAGUUUGCUCUUGUUACUCAUUCUGUAUUCGGCCUCAUCACUGUUACACAUCUGAGGAAGAAAGCUUGCAAUACUUGGCAAUAUCUAGAUAAAGCAAAACGAACGACGUACAUAAUAUUUUUCAAGCUGGAGCGAACACGAAACAGAGGUUUUAAGGGAGAAGAUAGGCAA